AUGUCAUAUGACUGUUAUCGUUAUGAACAAAGCAGUGAUAGUUCUGAUGUUUUGGCAUUAUUUAAACUUAAUGGUAAUUAUCAGAACGAAGUAGCAGACAGUGAUAUUAGUUUAGUUUAUAACGGCAACUCUUUUGUAAAUGGUAAAUUUGACGGUGCUCUUAAAUUAGAUGGUUCUAUUGAUAUGCAAAUGAUUGGCGAUUUUCCCAAUCAAUAUACUGUUGAAUUUUGGUUUUAUAAUGCUAUAAAUAAUGGUUCUUAUACUGGCUCUGGUACUCCUUAUGCUUGGCACCAUUCUGCUUAUACUUAUGAUAAUGGUACUGUGCGUGUAUGGUUUAAUGGUGUUGAAAGUACUCGUGGUACUAGACCUUGCAUUAAUAUUAAUGUUCAAAACGUUGCUCCUAAUGGCGUUUGGUGGUCUGAUAAUAGUACUGCAAAUACUUGGAUUGCUAAUAAUCCUUAUCCUAAUUUAUCUUUGCCGUCUGUAUUUGGCAAUAAAUUGCCAAGUACUACUGUUGGUGCUACUUCUUAUACUUAUAAUGCCCCUUUUUCCCAGCUUCAACAGUUAUUUAAAACUACAAGUGGUAGUACUACCCAUUGGGGACAAUAUUUAAGUGACGGACAUGAUAAUUUCAGUAUUACUGGACUUAAUCCUAAUGACCCUUUGCAUUAUUAUCCUCAAUUCACACAAAGCCAUAUCGAUUUUGGUUUUACUGGUUCUAAUACUUCUGUUGGCAAUUAUACAGUUACUAAUGGUUGGAAUAAAAAUACUGCUACUAGUGGCAAUAAUAGAUAUUAUCGAAUUUCAGAAAAUCAUACUGUUACUAAUACUACUACAAACAAUUAUGUUGAUAUGUCCGAUUCUCUUAUGGACGAGAUUAGAGUUACUAAUGGGCUUUUAUAUACCGAAAGCACUUUUACCUAUCCACAAGAUGAAUUCACUUAUGGACAUAUUUGGGUAAGACCGGAAGGCGAUGAUUUUAAUGUUGGUGAUAUUGCUGUUAUGUCACCAGUUGAAAUAUCUGAUUAUCGUAUUGGUGGUGCUGAUUAUUCUUAUCCUAGUACUGGUAAUGUAUAUAUAGGUCUUUCUAGUAAUAUAGGUUUAUAUGCUAAAGUCUAUAAUGGUCAGAACUGGCUACCUUGUGAUUUUGGUGUUUGGAAUGGCUCUGAAUGGGCUGACGGAGACUAUGGUGGAGACAUUGUUCCCUAUGUAAGUGACCCUUACAUAGAGGAUAAUGUUCCUAAUGAUGUAGUAGAGGAAAUAACAGUCAAUCAGACUGUUAUAGAUAAUUCAGAAGUAUUAGAAAGAAUGGAUAAAUUGGAU